AGGGAAGCGGGUGCACGUCUGUGUGUGUGUGUGUGUGUGUGUGUGUGUGCAGAGCUUUGCCUUGUCAUUGUAUCCAGAGAGGGAGAAACGCGUGGUCAGCUCAGCGGCACCACCGACAGACACACAGACAGACAGACAGCUCCACACUGCAGCAGCCUGAACUGGUACAUGGUGGUGUGUAAAGUCAGACUUUAAGCCAAACAUGGACGGUGACAAGAGUGGCGAGGUUUUGGAUGCGUCAGAGACUCCACAGCAAGAGGAGACUGAAAUGGAAAAAGAGGUUUCGUCAAAAUUGGAGACACCAGAGGAAUUCACAGAGCCUGAGAAGCCACCAGCUGCUGCCGAAGAGCCCGAGCAGCUGGCAGUGAACGGUCAUGACAUAGAAGUCAUAAACGUGAAAGAAACAGAAGAGUUGAUUGUGACCGAAAAUGUUACGCUGUCUGAGGAAAAAACAGAAAUGGAGAUUGAGGACAGAGAGAAAUCUGAAAUGGAGCCCGACGCUGGUGCGGUGGCACCACCAGAACCAGAUGAGUCAUCUGAAAAGAUCUCUGACCCAGUUGCAGCUUUAGACACAGCACCAGAAAACACCCAGCCGGAGCCAGAGAAUGACCCAGAACCUUUGCCUGUGCAAACAUUACUGCCCGAGAGUGCCCCUGAACCGGAGCCAGAGAAAUUGGCAGAAUCACUUCCACAGGCUGAUCUAGAAGAGCAAACAUUACCUGAACCAACCAUGCUGCAGCCGCCAGUAGAUACACAACCACCAAGCCAAGAGGAGAAAGUGUCCGAACAACAGGAGACAGAAUUGCAGACCACAAUGGAAACUGGGGUAGAAGAAGUUCCCAAAGAGGAGGUGGCAGUGAAAGAUGUCGCAGCUGAGCCUACAAAGGAAGUGGAGGAAGAAAAACCAGCAAAGACUGUGUUGGUGGCAGACGUUUCCCCAGAAAAACCAGCAGAGACUGUGUUGGUGGCAGACGUUUCACCAGAAAAACCAGCAGAGACUGUGUUGGUGGCACACGUAUCCCCAGAAAAGCCAACAGGAGUGGUGACAUUAAAGGAGGAGGCAGCAGCUGAAAUUGGGGAUGUGAAACCUGCAGAUGAAGAGAAGGAAGCUGAACCAGAAAAGUCUGAUACUGUGACGGUAGCUGAAGCAGCAGAAGGUGAUAAAGCUGAGAAGACUGACGCAGAAGAGGAUCCAGUCCCUGCACCUGGCUCCCUGUCCUUCGCCCUCCUGGAACGAGAGCAGACCAAAGAUGCCCUGCGAACCUCUCGUACCCUCGUUGUCCUCAGAGGCCUUCCGGGAAGCGGUAAAAGCUUCUUGGCACGCGCCAUAGCCGAUGCCUACAAAGACCACUGCUCUGUCCUCUCUGCUGACAACCACGGUGUGAAGCCAGAGAGUCCAGAAUCAUCCGUGGAAGGAUACAAGGCUCUGGAUGAGGCCGUGGUGGCCUGCUGCAGUGCAGGAACAGCCUCCUCCAUGCUGAUGGUGGUGGACGACACCAACCUCACCCAGGACCGGCUGGCCCGCCUGGGGGAGAUCGCCGAGCAGCACCGCCUUGUCGCUGUCUUUUUGGAGCCGCGUACUGAAUGGAGCAAAGAUCCGGCACAGCUGAGCAAGAAGACCAGGCGUGGACUGGAGGAGGCCCAACUGGAAGCCAUGAAAGGUUCACUGGAGGAAAUGUCCCUUCCUCUUUACUUCGGCUGGUUUCUUCUCUCCUCCAUCCAGGACAAGGUUCGGUGCACAUCGAUGGACUUCCUGAAAACGCUGGACACCUUGGAGGCCUUCAAGAAACACCUGAUUGACUUCACUGGGAAAGCUGAGAAGGAGGUGGAUUUGGAGCAGUACUUUCAAGCCAAAGGAAGCCUCCAUUGCACUACAAAAUACUGUGACUAUGGAAAAGCAGAGGGUGCCAAAGAGUAUGCACAGAAUCCAGCUGUUAAAGAUUUCUACGGUUCUGUGUUCGAGCUGUCACUGAGUGCACUCUUUGUGACUCCUCGCACAGUCGGUGCCAGAGUGUCCCUCACCGAGGAGCAGCUUUUGCUGUGGCCAGCUGAUGCCGAAAAGGAGGCGGGGUCCGCCUCCCUGCCUCUGGGAAGCCGCGCCCACGUUACUCUAGGAUGUGCCGAAGGCGUUCAGCCGGUUCAAACGGGUGUGGAUCUGCUCCAGAUCCUGGCCCUGCAGCAGGAGGGCCAGCAGGGGGAGCUCAUCGAGGAGAUGGAGCUCGGCUCGCUGACCUAUUACGGCGAGGGGAGGUGGCUGCUCAGUCUCAGAGAGCCCAUCUGCUCCCCAGCCUGCUUCUCCAGCUUCUACGAGCCCAAGGAGCUCGAGCCGACCAAAAAAGAGCCAGAGAAGAAAAAGAAGCAGAAGUGCACCAUACUGUAGAUGGGGACGUGUGGCCGGGAUGACUGGUGAAUUAAAACUUAGGCUUACUCUGUGCAAGGUUUGUGUGUUUGUGCAGUGUUUAGGGUUUCACUUAUAGCCACCCUAAAUCCACAAGCUGUGUGCCUUUUUACUGUUGAUUUGCACCACAACCCAAGAUGCCUUCAAUCCAGUUAGGCUUGUUGUCAACGUUGUUCAGUAUCUUGUUUCACAUAUCAGUGCCAGAGUUGCAGGACCUGGCUGUUAGCUGAAGUUUUAGAGUUACGGUAGUAUAGCCUCCACCCACAGCUCCACAGUCAUCUAAAACUUAGAUUUCCUCCUCUAUACAUUUCCGUGUGUCUCAGUAUUCAGAUGUGAAUAAUUAGGUACUUUCAUUGCAUGCAUCCCAGGUUAAAAGAAAAACAACUUCAACUUUAUUUUAAUCGUUGCAUACAUACAAUUUGACCCUUUUUAACCCAUCCUGAGCAUUUUAGGAGCAGAAGGCUGCUGUAAAGCGCCUGAUAUCAGCAAAGUAACACAUUUCUGCCCUGCUAAAAGUACCUCUGCUGAAUUUGUUUGGUGUUUCCUUUUGGCUUAGUUGUAAGAUUAAAAAAAGAUUAGCUGUCAUUUCUGUGUGUGCACGCUGCCUAGGAAGUAGUUGUUAUAGUAGCAUAUGGGCCAAAGUAAUCUAUUUGAUUAAGUGUAUUAGAUUGGAUGCCAUUUAUAGAGGUCCUUCCCUUGUAAAAUCUUUGCACUGUGCAUAGUUUGAAAGGGAGAAUGCUGACGAAUUUGGCAUUUUGUUUCCGCAGCUUGCACUUAGUUCUUAUCAAAUGCUGUGAAUUCAAGUUCAUGUUUUGCAAUCUUUUCUACUGCGCAAGACUGCACCAUUGAUCCCUUUUAUUCUCUUUGAACAGCACUUCAUGUAUUGCGUUACGAUUUGUAUUCUUCCUCUGUGACUGUAAUUUUUUGAAGGGCAAUUCCUACUUUGUGUAGCUCUUAUGAAUCACUAUUUUUGCACUUGUUUUGUACACUUAAUAAAAAAGAACAUGCUUUGCUCCAGUA